CCCUCCCUUUUCCGCUCUAGGAAGUUAACGUGCCUAAGGUGCUCGGUUCUUCAUCCGAAGCUAAGGCCCACAAUCCGGCGACUAGCACCGUGAAAUUUAGGCAUCCGACGCCGAAAACCUAAAAUCUAACAUCUACAAUGGCCUCCGUGUCUGAGCUCGCUUGCAUUUACUCCGCUCUGAUCCUCCACGACGAUGAAGUCACCGUCACCGAGGACAAGCUGAAUGCUCUGAUCAAGGCCGCUGGAGUCACCGUGGAGCCCUUCUGGCCAAGUCUGUUUGCCAAGGCUCUUUCCAGCGUCGACAUCGGCAGCCUGAUCUCCAACGUUGGAGCCGGAGGUGGAGCCCCAGCUGGAGCCCCCGCUGCUGGGGCUGCUGCCGCUGCUGGUGACGCCCCAGCCAAGGAGGAGGAGAAGAAAGAGGAGAAGAAGGAAGAGUCUGAGGAGUCCGAUGAUGACAUGGGCUUUGGUCUCUUUGAUUAAAACAGCUGUUUUUCUAAGAAAACACAAUAAAAUUACAAAAAAUA